UGUUUAGUCUUAAAAAUAAAUAAAUGAUGCUGCUCUACAUUCGGGAAGAAGGAGGCCGUCGUGAUUUCUAAAGAAUCGUUUAGUGGAAGGAUCCAUAUAUGUAGCGUUUGUUUAUAGACAAGAUAUGCUCAUUAGAUUUAGAGGCAAAGCUGCUGUAGCUAUAUGGGGAUAAUACACCAACUCCAAUGGUUUCAGAUCUCAAUAUCCCUACUCAUCAACUGCCCCGACCCAUUUCUUGGUUAAAUACCUUGUUGAUUCUCUCGGAUUCUCAAGCUGCAUCUACAUCAUCCAAGGUAACUUCAUUGAAAUCCGUAAAGAAUCCUCAUUUAGUCAUCAAUUUCUUGAAACAAACCGGUUUCGACAACACCCAGAUGAAAAAAUUGGUUUCUAGAGCACCCAAAUUGCUAAUCCGUGAUGUUUCCAAUACCCUAAAACCCAAACUUCGGUGCCUUAUGGAUCUCGGGUUAUCCGUGUCAGACCUAGUGAAUGUAAUUGCUAAAGAUCCACAUAUUAUUGGUAGAGGUUUAGCUACUCGUUUGAGACCUACCAUUGAUUUUCUUAUGACAACUUUGGUUAGUGAUGAAAAUGUAGUUAAGGCUUUAAAGAGAUUUCCUUGGUUGCUUUCUUUUGGUGCUCUUGGCAUUAUGGAGACUAAUCUAUUGUUGUUGAGAAACUAUGGUGUUCCUGAUGUGAGGAUUAAAAAACUCCUACUUAGAAACCCUACGUAUUUUGCACAAAAGCCUGAGUGGAUUAAGGGUUUGUUGCAUAGGGUGGAAAACGAUUUUCAAGUUCCACGUGAUUCCCCUAGUUUUCUUUAUGGAUUUCAAGCGUUAUCCUGGCAAAAGAAGUCUACCUUGGAUAGGAAGUUCGGAAUUUUCAAGAGUUUUGGAUGGUCUGAUGAUGAUAUACUCCACAUGUUCCGGAAGCUACCAUAUUGUGUUGGCCUCUCAGAAGUUAGAAUUCAGGAAAAACUGAAUUUUUUCAUGAAGGAGCUUGGUUUUGAAUCUGCUUACUUGGUUUCUCACCCUGCAAUUUUGAGCUAUAGUUUGGACAAAAGGGGGUGGUACCUCGGAUGCAAGUCUUGAAAAUUUUGGACGAAAAGAAGCUUGCGAGGAGAAAGUUUGAAUUCUGAAAAACAGGGUCAGUGUUGCCAAGAAUCAUUUAUGGAGCUGGGGCAUAGUUUAUUGAAAGACUUCUCUCAUAUUUACAAGUCUGAACUGCUGUGAGCUAUACGCAAAAUCAAGGUUUCCAUUUGAAGUUGUUCGGAUUCAACUGAUCUUGUUGAUAACUGAUUCUGUUUGGCAGUUACCAGCAAGUUUGUCCCCUAAGACAACCAAAUAUAUUUCUGUUGUGCAUUUUCUCCCAUAACUUGCAAUACAUAAUCAUAGUGAACUUACCUAUCCUCAUGAGCACAGUAUAUUUCAUUUAGCGGCACUUCUUAUGAAGUCUACACUUACUGUUAGCUACUAGGUGGAGUCAGUUAUCUUACUAAUUGAGUUGGUGUUCAGAUUGUGUUGGCUGGUUUGGUCCCUUAUAUUUUGUAUAUUUAGUGUUAUUAAACACCAUCCGGCACCAAGGGUUUUGUUAUAGUGGGUAAGAGCUCAACUUGUGAUGUAUAUAGGUUGGGUGCAUUGAUCUUGGGCGCAUCUACGAGCCCAUGUACCGUGCUUGCCCAUAUUUGUUAGGCGUUUUUGAUAAGAUGUUGGCGCUAAUCGGUGUGUUUUGAAUGAAAUACCUAUCAAGUUCAAACUAAGGUAGGUGUUUUUGU